CGGAGGUUGAUAUUUGCCAGAAUGCGGGCCGCAAGAAGCCUCCAGCCCGUCCUAUUGCGUUGCCAUGAGCCGCCGUGUUAAUGCUUGUUCGUGUCUCUUUGUUUCAUCCCACCUCUUGGUUCGGCUGCUGGGUGCGAUGAGAGGAGAGCUGCCAUGCCCGCAUCUGCUGUGAUUGCUUCUCGACUUCUCCGCUAGCUCGCUAGCUCGGAAACAAAGAAUGCUACCAUUUGUUCUAGAAUGCCGCCGUUCCCGGGGAAGAAACCCGCAAGUCGACAGCGAUCGCGCAACUGACUGAUUCACCCGGUCAAUGUGUUCUCGAAACACACACAGUCACAAUGGUCAACUCGCUGGUCUGGACGGCGGAGGAAGCCAAGUACCUCAAGGCGAUUUUCCAGUGGCGAGAUGCGGUCUCGUCGUCCGAUGACGAGGAAAGACAACACCAACAAGAAGAGGAUGGCAAGAGGCAACACCAGGAUCAGCACCAGCAGCAAAGACCAGCGGGCCAGUUCCGCAUCCUCGUCGUCGGUGGCCGCGGGACGGGCAAGACGGCCAUUCUCACUCGAUUCGCCCAAAAUACUUUCCGUGGCGAAGGCCAGCCGCCGGACCCGUCCUUCGAGCGCGGCUGCCGGCACCCCGUCACGGUAGACGUGCCUCCUGUUACGACGACCUCUUGCUCGUCUCCUCCUCCAUCUUCCACAUCUACUACGACCAACAACAUCGCUAAACCCCAGUCGCAGCCCGCAGCCCAAGCACAAAAGGUAUCCUACAUCAUCGACGCCGUCGAGAUGCCCUCCCAGCAACUCCUCAGCAACCCGCAGCUCGCCCUAGCGCUCAGCAUCACCGAGGCCGCCGUGCUGGUCUACUCGGUGCGCGACGCGGCCUCGCUCCAGCUGGCGAUCGGCCUAGCUGAGUUCAUGCGCGAGUAUUUCGCCCCGCCAGCACCUUUCUCCUCUCCCACACCGUCGUCCCUGUUCUGCGCGAGGGGGCUCCUCGGGAUGGGAAGUCGGGCCGGCGCCGGCACUGCCGGUCCUAGCAGCGCCGGUGCCGGCAACGGCGACCGAGGCCGCCCCUACCCCGUCGUGCUUGUCGGCAGCAAGUGCGACGCGCCGGCGUGCGGGCCCGACGCUGACCCCGUGGCCAUUCUGCAGGAGGAGCGGGCUGUGAGCUGGGCUGAGGCGCGCGCGCCGCGCAGGCGAUGCGCAUGCCCGGCGUCGGCCGCGACGUGCGCUUCCUGGAGGUGUCGGCCAAGACCGGGGAAGGCGUCGACGGGAUCUUCCGCGCGGUCGCGGAGGAGAUCCUCGAGGUGCAGAGGGCGGCAAGGGAGCGGUGGGAGCUGGCGCAGCGGGAGGGGGUGAGGCAGGAGGCGGUGGGGCCCACGACCGGCGGGGAUGACGGAGGGAGGAAGAAGUUUGGCCUGUGGCGGACCUUGGCCGCGGCGUUUGGGAGGCGGCAGCCUGCGGAGGGGCGCUCAGGGGAAAGGUCAGGGGGAGGUUGACCUGUAGUCUGGCAGCGAAGUCGAGACAUGCCCGUCACCGUUUCCGCUCAUGGCAUG